AUGGCUCCAGAAGGACUGGACGUCUCCAACAAGAAGCUCCAUCCAUUAUUCGUCCCAGGAAACAACACCCAUGCCCCAAAAUCCGAUCCGGCCGCGAACGACCAUCCUCAGGGCCCUGACGGGUUAAACCCGAGAACUGAGGAGACGCAAUCAUCACGGAAGAAUGCGCGCACGUCGCAGCCCCCGUCAAGCGAUGUUGAACCUUUCUCGUCCGACAUUGGCGAGGAUGAGCACGGCCGUAAAAGACAAAAGACAGCUGGUGGCAACCCUCCGAGCUCUGGGAAGAAGAGAGGACGGCCCAGGAAGAAGCAGCCCGGUCCAGCGAUAGCGAUAGCCAACAACUUCUCCCAGGUCAAUGGUGUGCCAUUGCCGCACCUUGUCAACGAACUUCCACAAACGCCUCUUACUACACCGUCGCCGACCCAUCCGAUUGUUCUGCCCCUGUCCCAGGCUUCUAGUUCAGUAUCAAAUGCCAACGGACAUACCCAUACAGCAGACACCUUGGCUCCGAUUACUGGAAAGACCGACCCGCCAAAGCCCACGAAGGUUCUCAAGUUCAAUCCCAAGACCGGUACUAUUGGGUCACCGCCGAAACCGAAACCAAGCCACGCAGAUACGGUCAAAGGCGCAAAGUCUAGCAAAUCGCCUGCUAAGCAAUCUCGCAUUGUAACCGUUAAGUAUGGGCACGAUGCGGACUCGCGCGAGCGGAUCGGUCCGAAGAUCCAGCGGAUCCUCGCCACGCCUCCCCAUACCAAGACAAACCCGACGAAAACCACCCCUCCAAAAUCUCGUACCAUGACCCCCAAAGCGAACCAAGACAAAUCAAAGACGAACACCACGCAUCCCCUGUUUCUCGCAAAGCCCAAAAAUGCCGUCAAGUCAGCAGAGACCCCUCCCGCUGCUCCGAAGCAACCCAGGGCUACCAUUUUCUCUUCGACCCCAUGCUCCCCCAAGAAGCAGCGAUCGACUCCAGCGGCUGGCAAGGCUCAGUUUCCUCAAUUUGGCGUUCGGUCCAUGGGACUCAAGGUCCCAGGUGCAUGUCACCCAGCAUGGCCACCCCAGGGAACUGCCCACGUUAGGGGUUUGUCCCCUGACGAAGAACGCCUGCCAGCAAGGCAUCAAGCCGGGUUUUCGUCAAGAAAGUCCAAGGGACAAACAAUAAACAUAUUCCCGGGAGAGUCUGUCAUAGAUCAGCUCUCAGCGACAUUAGACACCCUCAGCAUUACAAAGACAAUCCAGGAAGCCACUGACGACUAUAUAUCACCUCCGCCCUCGGAGCUUCGUCUCCCGGAAAAGCACUUUGAAAGUGGGCGCAAACUCCGACAGAGAGUCAGGCCUGAGUUGCGUUCUCCCCUGCCACUCAUCUCGAGCCAAGAUAGCGAUGAUGAACUACUCACUGCGUCUACCCGCAAACCUCAUCCCGCCGUCGCCCGCCUUUACAACUCCCUUGAAACCAAUCUCUCAGCUUAUGACAGGUCUGAAUGUGAGGAACUUUCCUGGGCCCAUAAAUAUGCGCCGAGCUGCGCAGAAGAGGUCCUCCAGAGCGGCCAGGAAGGUGUCUUGUUGAAAGAGUGGCUGCAGACCCUCAAGGUUCAGUCUGUUGAUACUGGGGCACCCAAUGCAGAUCAGAAGCCUGGUUCCAAGCCUGCUUCUGCGACGAAGAAAAAGAGAAAGCGCAACAAGUUGGAUGACUUUGUUGUCUCCAGUGGUGAUGAAGUCGAGUUUUUGCCCGACGUUUCCGACGAUGAGGAUGAUUGGCUCCCAACACCGCUUCACGGCAGCGCGAAGAAGACCGUGGUUCGUAAGGACAUUGGCAAGGAUGCAAGCCGGCUCACCAAUGCAGUAGUUCUCAGUGGACCCCACGGCUGUGGAAAGACGGCUGCGGUGUAUGCUGUUGCAAAGGAGCUUGGCUUCGAGAUUUUCGAAAUCAAUGCAAGUAGCCGCCGCAAUGGCAAGGAUGUCAUGGAGAAGGUUGGAGACAUGACCCAGAAUCACCUUGUCCAACAGCACCGCCAGAACGACGGCAGAGACAACGCCGACGACGAGACGGCAAACGACAUCAAAUCCGGCAAGCAGGGCACCAUGGCAUCAUUCUUCAAGCCCAAGACGGCGGCCAAACCCAAAGUCACAGUCCAGCCUGAAGCCAUUGAGCAGCCGACGUUGGCAGCCAAAUCCGCAAAGGCAAAGGCGCAAACUCAGAAACAGUCUUUGAUUCUCCUUGAAGAAGUCGACGUGCUUUACGAUGAAGACAAGCAGUUUUGGGCGACCAUUGUAAGCUUAAUUGCCCAAUCCAAGAGGCCGUUUGUUAUGACUUGCAACGACGAGACCCUGGUGCCGUUCCACAAUUUUGUCUUCUACGGAAUCCUCCGAUUUAGACCACCACCGGAAGUUUUGGCAGUCGAUGCUAUGCUCCUCAUUGCUGCCAAUGAAGGUCAUGCUCUUCGUAGGGCGGCUGUAAGCGCGCUGUAUGAAUCCAAGGGUUACGACCUCCGAGCAUCUUUGAUGGAACUCAACUACUGGUGUCAGCUUGGAGUCGGUGACCGCCGCGGCGGCUUUGACUGGUUCUACCCGAGAUGGCCAAAGGGCUGCGACACAGACGAGAACGGUGAUGUUGUGCGUGUAGUCAGCCAAGGCACGUAUUUGGAGGGUAUGGGAUGGGUCAGCCGUGAUCCAGCAAUCGUCUCAAGCCCCCACGCUGCCGAGGAAGAGUUGAUGAACCAAUGCUGGCAGAGUCUAGGGGUGGAUUUGGGCAACUGGCACGAGUCCCUUGACAUGGUAUCAUGGGCAGACAAUGUGACCACAUCCUCGGCCGGGGACAGAGCCGCUGCGCUGGAUGUGUUUUUCGAGUUUUCCGAUCUCAUGAGCGCAGCCGAUCUCUGCUCCGGCGGUGACUUUGGCCUUCGAUUCCAGGAACCGCUUGAUCCUACGCAACCAGACAUCCCCGUCAAAGCACGCGAUGACUUCACCCUUGGGCGCCGUUUACUAGAGGCUCCGCCCCUCACGACUUACACCUGCACGGCCAGAGCCAUCGCUACCAGUCUGAAGUGCGGAGCUCGACAGGUUCUUCAGACCGCGCCUGUCAAGAAUGAUACUUCAGUCAGUAUGGAUUUCUUCCAAGAAGACAGUGCUAUCCGCCGAAUGAGACACUCAUUUGUCAAUCCUACCCGGGACGCGGUCAUCAACCGCUAUGACAUGGCAUACGCUUUUGACCCGAUCGCGGUUUCUGACAAGGCUUCUGCUACGAUAUCCACCAGCCUCGAACCAUCAGUAUUUGAUCGUACUAUGCGGUUGAUUACUCUCGAAGUGGCGCCCUAUGUCCGAGGGAUUAUUGGUUACGACCAUCGUCUGAUGCAGGACCGCAUGCAACGAAGUGGCCUACUGAGCGAAGGUGGUAGGCCAGGUAAGCGAAUGCGAAACACUCGUGCUGCAUACUCGGCUCUGGAAGGUGUCGCGCGCGUCAAUAUGCGUAAAGAAAACUAUUUUUCUGCGGAGCUGAGCGCGCCGUUAGUGAUGAGAACCGGCGGCGAAAGCUGGCAAGCGGCCGUGGACGAAGAAAUGAGCCUAAUGAACCCAGUGUCGAGUCCUGUGAACGCGAAUGAUGUGGGCGCCAACGAAGAUAGCGAAGCGAUAACAACGCCAGUCACGGUGGCGGAGUAG